UAUCUAUGGGACAAUGGCUGGAACGCGCAGAUCAUAGAUAGACUGGAGGCUCUCAAUAAACUGAAAGGCAAGUUUGAUUAUGUGCAUUCAAGAAGAUUGUGGGAAGCCAUAGAGUCACCGGCAGAGCUUUUCAAACAAAUAUUUGCCCGGCUCAACCCUGGAGGCAGCUUGCAGCUGGAGAGCAUCAGCUGGUUGCCUGUCGAUCGACAGUGCAUCUUGUCAACGUCGUCAAAAUUGGGGGCAUGGUGCAGAAUGCUGCAGCGUGCUAUGGAUGCAGGCGAUGGCGGACCGGGGUAUGCAGGGACUGAGGGCGACCUUGAAAAGGCUGGCUUCGUUGAAGUCUCGCAAGAAACAGUCGAGUUCCGUUUGCAGGAUGAUCAAAACACAGCUGGAGAUUGGUUCAAGCUCGGCCUGCUCACGCUACUGAAGGCAGAAGACCUUGCGCCCUUGCCAUGGUUGAAGCAUUGCAGGCAAGAAAUAUCAGCAAGGCGCCCUGCUUUCCCGUCGUUGCCCGAUCCCGUCGAUGAAUUUUUGGCCGCAGUCGAGAAGGAACUCGCCGAAGCCGAUGUUUGUUUCCGGAUGUAA